GGGAGAGACUUCUCAUGUUCAGCAAAAUCUUUUAAAAGGACCCUUAAUCCCCAGCACCUCGCUGCUCAUUUCAACCCAUCUUCAGUCUAUCAUCUGAAAUACCACACCUGAAAAAUACGCACGAUGUACAUCCUCUCUACAUCCCUCCUCGCCCUCGCGAGCCUGCACCUGGCAGCCGCAGCUCCAGAACCUGCCCACCCGGCCGGCGCCCGCAUAACCGCGGCCCCGAUCCCCAAGCUCUUCCGCCGCCAAAUCGACGAAUGCCCACCAGGCCCCUACACCAUGUGUGACGACGGCUAUGGCUGCUGCGAGAUUGGCGCCCCCUGCACGACGAUCCGCGGCGAGGCCGCCUGCGACACGGGCGAGUGCAACGGCGUCCCCUGCGGCGAGGCGGGUCUGUGCUGUGACGCGCUCUGCACGAGCUCGGCUGGUGGGUACAUUUGCCUGCACACUACUCCUGGGCUCGAUUUCGAUGAUUUCACCACCGAUCUCGAUGACUUUACCGAUACGGAUGCCCUUACCUCUGACUUCCCGACUCUGACGCUUGACGACGAGACGACCUCGACGAGGUCUCUGACCGCGUCUCCUACAAGCGAUGAUGAAGACACCGACACGACUGCCCUGGAUGAUGACGAGACAACAACCGAGGCUCCCACUUCAACAGCCGGCUUCGACUUUGGCGACGAGGACAGCGUCGAUGAUCAGACUGGUACCAGCGAGCCGACCGCGACCGGAGGCUCGGAUCUCAAUCUGGACGAUAUCAACGAUAUGCUUAAUGAGGCGUCGGAUGAGAUCACGGGUGAUAACAACGAGGAUGGGGCUGGUAUCGUUUCUCCGAAUGGAGUUUUGGCUGUCUGGGUUCUUGCUGCGAUCGGAGGUGGGAUGCUACUUCUUCGUUAGGGUCGAUGCCUGAGAGAGAAUCUUAGUUGGUGUUUUGGGUGUGCGGUGUAUGUGGUAAUAAUAAAAUGCUUUCCUUGAUUGCGGU